AUGAUUCGCGACAGAGAGCCUCAGGGCGUUCCUGCAUCGACUUCACCACAACGCGACGCGCGACGAAGAACAAAACGAAGACGUUCCCCAGUAUCGGCACCCUUACGGAAGCGUUUGCCACGUCGCGUUGCGCCAGGCUCUGUUCUCGAUAUAAUGCGAUGCAACUCUGGCACUGCACUGUUUGUACGGCCGCUCUGCUGGACAGAUCUUCAUGCAGAGCUUCUCAAAAUCCAGUUCAACGAGCUGCCCAUCUGCGAUACACCAAUGCCGGUGAACGAGCCAGGCUCGCCACCUCCAAAAGGGCACAUGCAACCCUCACAGUCCAUUUUGAAACUCAGUGAGACGCUUAGCGACAUACUGUCCUACAAGAUUGCUCAUCCCACGGCCGUAUCUGACGCGGUGUGCACAAUUAUGGCCAAGCUUUGGCCCGAAAGCUUCUGUCAGUAUCAUGUUGUUCCGGACCUUCAUCUGUUCUUCGGAGACAAAGUAUACCACGAGGCUGUCAGGGCCCAGAUUAUGUGGACGUAUCCUAGCGGUAGCUGUCCGCCGUCGCAGACUCGCCCGAUAUCGUCACAGUCGACACAGGACGCGACUUCUUCGCCAGAAUCACGAUUCUCAGAUUCAACACUUCCUUCCAGGCACGUGCUGACAGAUCAACCCAUGGUAUGCUACAUGGGCAAAGCACAACUGGCGUCAAUACGAAGAAGCAUGUUUCGCAUUGCUCCUGGUCCAAAUAGGCAGUUCAACGAGCCCGUGUCUAGCCUGUUCAAACUGCGGUCAAAGAACCUCGAGCCACAAAACCCGGACGAAGACUCUUACAUUGCAGGUAUGCUGCUCGCCAUGGCUCAGAAGCACUUUUACCCCAACCCACGCAUCUCGAGCCUCUUUCGUAGAGGAAUCUCGCCAUCCAAGAACGCGAGGCCGUUUCGGGAUUUGAAAUUGCGCUUCAUGACACACGACAUUGAGCGAGCACAAUUCAUCGUCUACACCGGCCACAUGACAGCAACGUUUUUGGAGCGCUUCCGACGGCCACACAGGAUACCGCCUGCGCCAGAGUUUGAUGGAGACCUUGGCUUCAAGAUUGACUACGUGCGUGUGCCCAUAUGGCCUAUUUUGGGGCUCCGGGAGCGACUCGGAAAGGCGCUCGGAAUGGAUCUAGUCGGCGAAUUUGACCCAGAAGUCAUGGAAACGUGGGAAGAAGAUGACGUGGAAACACCCGACUCCAGCGGCAGCAAGCGGAAACGGACUGCGCUCGGCGAAGUUGUUAAUGGCAGUUUCGAAGACACAGAAGAGGAAGAGUCCUCUCCUAUACACAGCAAGAAGCAGUGUAUACGGCCCAGGACCCCGCUUCAAGCCGCAGCGUAG